AUGGAAACUCAAAGUACAACCACUGCCACAGUAGUGGAUGAACAAAUCGUGGUUCCACCUAAUCCGCCACAAGCUCGCGAAUUUCAUAUCCCAAAGCUCCAUUACUCAAUGAUUGGCAAAUGCUCUUCACGUGCCCUUGUUGCUGUCAAAGCCUUCCUAUUGCAGCAGCACGAGGGACCCUUUGGAAGGAAGGUUAUCCACCUCAUCGAUGGUUUCCUUCCCUUAUCCGUUCUUUCGCUCUACAGAAAGCACCUAAUGGGAGAUAUCUGA